AUGGCCGCGGUGCUCCCCGGGGGCAGCCGCUGGCACGCGCUGUUUGUGUGCUGCGUCGUUGGGGUGCUGGGCAUGCUGCGCCGCUCCAACCUGGUGCUGGGCGCGCUGUCCCUGUUCGGGCAGGAGAAGCACCUGACGCGCGCAGACAUCACGAUUGACGGGGCUAAGUACGCGCUGCGCCUGCGCGUGCAUUACUCUAAAACACUGCAAUACCAGAGUCGCGUGCACGAUGUUUGGAUCCAAGGGGACGCGCGCCCCGGCGCGCCCCUGGACCCGGUGCGCCUCUGGCAGGGGUUCGUGGGCGCGGUCCCGGCCCCGGCCCACGCCCCCGCGUUCAGCUAUUUCGACGACGCCGGGGCCCUGCGUUCUUUGUCGUUUGACGCUCUGGCCGCGGGCAUCAAGCACUUGGUGGCGGCGGUCGGUUUGGACCCGGCCAGCUACUCCACUCACAGCCUUCGGCGCGGUGGCGCCACCUGGGCGUUUGAGCACAAGGUGCCCACGCUCCUCAUCAAGGCGACUGGGGACUGGAGCAGCGAUGCGUAUGAGGCGUACCUGACUCUGGGCUCGGGCGAGAAGCUGCAGUGCACGGGCGCCAUGCUGCGCGCGCUUUCGCGCUGA